GAGCUUGCUGUUAUCAAUGGAGUCUCUCAAGAAUCAGAUGCUUCCUGUCUCUCAUAAACCCUCUCGUAUGACCACCAGAGGACUCUACGCUGCUCUCUCUUACAUGGCCUCUGCCGUUCUGUUGGUCAUGUUCAACAAAGCGGCCCUCUCUUCUUACAGUUUUCCAAGUGCCACUGUCAUCACGCUUUUGCAGUUGGUUUGCUCAUGUUUGAUUCUCUAUGUGAUGAGAUACUGGAAGUUAAUUUCUUUCACAGAAAGUGAGCUACAGAGCAGUUCUAACAACCCAGCAACUAUUGUGUCCUUAAAGACAUUAGCUCAAACACUUCCUCUUGGGCUGACAUAUUUGCUAUACAUGAUAGUGACCAUGGAAUCUGUGCGUGGCAUAAAUGUUCCAAUGUACACCACGCUGAGGCGAACUACUGUGGCCUUUACAAUGAUUGUGGAGUAUUUUCUUACUGGGCAGACACAUUCACGUUUUGUUAUUUGCAGUGUAGGGGUAAUUAUAGCCGGUGCAUUCAUCGCUGGAGCUCGGGACUUGGCAUUUGAUGCUUAUUCCUAUUCAAUUGUUUUCCUAGCAAACAUAUGUACAGCAGUAUACCUUUCUUCUAUUGCUCGUAUUGGUAAAUCCAGUGGCCUUAAUACCUUCGGUCUUAUGUGGUGUAAUGGCAUAAUUUGUGGACCAAUCUUAUUGAUCUGGUCAUCAAUCAGAGGAGAUUUAACAAAAACAUUGAACUUCCCUUAUUUUUAUGACCAUGGAUUUCAGGCUGUGAUGCUUCUUUCUUGUUUAUUGGCUUUCUUAAUAAACUACUUUGUAUUUUUAAACACAACUCUCAAUUCAGCACUUACUCAGACAAUUUGUGGCAAUUUGAAGGAUCUUUUUACAAUUGGGUUUGGCUGGCUCAUAUUUGGAGGACUUCCAUUUGAUUUGUUAAAUGUUGUUGGCCAAUCACUUGGAUUCCUUGGAUCCAUUUUGUACGCCUGUUGUAAACUCAAAGGAAUAUGAAGACAACGUUCCAGGCUGCUGCCUCUGUUACACACAGAAUAUUAAAAGAAUUAAGGAAGAAAAUAAAAUAUUGUUCAUUGAGCUGAUAAAAUAAAUGGCAGAUAUUAUAUUAUGAAGCGGCAAAAGAAAUAAAAUAAAUGGCGUU